CUUCUGUGUUUGAACAAAGGUUUCGGUUUUGAUUUUUCAUGUUAACACAAUAUGUCUGUCGAGGAAGAAAAGAUCGAUACUCCCAGUCAUGAAGCAUUGAAAGAGGCCCUGGACUUGAUGAAGAAAGCUUAUGAUAUUAUGAAAGAACAAGCUCUUGAUGUACGCAAGGAGAAAGAAGCAUUUGAUUCUGUUGCAAAGAAGCUUGAACAUGUUCACUUCGCUUCUACCAUCAAACUGAACGUGGGUGGUCAGUAUUUCACCACAAGCCUUCAAACGCUGACAAAAGAUACAGGAUCAAUGCUUCACGCCAUGUUUUCGGGAAGAUUUGAUACAAAGCCCGCUGAAGACGGAUCUUACUUCAUUGAUCGCGAUGGAACUAACUUCCGUUAUAUCCUGAAUUACCUUCGCACGGGUCGUCUUCUUCUACCAGAAGAUAAACUGGUUCGAGAGGAAUUACUUGAGGAAGCCGAAUUCUAUCAGAUUCGUGGGAUCGUGGAUGAGCUUCGUAACCCACCAAACCUGAAGUUUAAGGAUUCUACAAUCCUGACAGCUGAGCAAAAGGAAAUCUUCGUCAACAAUUGGCUGAAAACGAAGCUCAAUAGUAGCCAAUCUGAUUUUGUGCUGAUUUACCGAGCCUCAAGAGACGGGUGGCAUUCAUCUAACUUCCAUGUUCUUUGCGAUAAUAAGGGACCAACUGUUACCGUGGUGAAGAGUGGAGAAUAUAUAUUUGGAGGCUUCACAGAUCAAUCAUGGGAUGGUAAGGUAUUUUUUAACUGGCCUUUGACAAAGCAGGCAGUCACUCUAACUAUUAAACUCCAUGUUGGCGACCCUUCCCCCCAAACACUAUCAGUCGUGGGAAGAAAACUAUCAUAGCUCUUACUUGGUGUUGUUUUUUAAAUAGUCUGUCUUAAGGAUAAAAAGAUCUAGAAGCUUGAGCCACCUCCAGUUGUUCUUUUUGAAGGGGUUCAAUUCCAUUUCAAAUAAAAGUAUCUCCACCCCUAUCAACAUGGGUGCUACUGCCAUGGGGUAUGUCUUGCAAAGUUAUGCUCAGUUGAGUCCAGCUGCGCCCAUGCCCCCCCUCCCCCUGGCUAACGUUUUUGCCUUGGAUGGCAAAUUCCUGUGGGGGGAGGAGAGGCAGGCAAACAAGAAAUUUUACCAAGUAGCGUAGUGGGGACAAAGAAAGAGGGCAAAUUCCCAUCCUCCAUCAACACUGCGGCAGUUUUCAUUGAUCACACGGUUGAGUAGUGCCACUUUGAGCAUUUUAAUGUGUGAUUUUUUGCUUCAGUUAGUGUCUUCCUUUGUACCAGCGCCAUUCUUUUCUGAACCCCGGGUCAUGCAAAAUCUCCUGAUACCCCACCCCCACGAUUGACAAGUGGGCAAAUGCCCCACGGUAGCCCAAGGGAUGGGUGCAGCUGGAAUUGACUGAUACAUUAACAUAUAAUACUACAAACCUUUCUUUUCGAUUUCCUUGUUUAGACAAUCAUUAGAUGUCAACAUUAUUAGAUAUUCACAGUCAAUUCUCUGUUCUUUGCUUAUCUUUUUUUCUGCGUUAGCCAUUAUUAUCAAUGUAGUGAUAAUUUUUGCAUAGCCUGAGUAUCAGACCUUCCUAAGGGGCUAGUGGAGAGGAGAUUUUAGAUGGGGGAGAGGGGAGAAGAGCUCUCUCCCUUCUUCGCUUCUGUCUUUCCUCUUUUCCCUAAGAAACGCCUGAUACUCAGGCUAAUUUUCAGAUCUUGGAAGAGCGUUUACAGUGUAUUUAGACAAGGAGAAUCAAUUCAAUGCUAUAGCCAACCUGUUUACUUGCUGUCAGGAAGAUUGCAAAUUAAAUGUUAAUGUUUUAAUAAUUAUUUUAUUUCUCCCACUUAUAUAUCUUGAAGUAAUUAAUUCAGCUAGAAUUAGAUCAAAUAAAUUUAAAUAUAAGGUAGUUUUUUAAACAUACCCAAAGAAAUUCAAUUAAUAUUCAUGGUUUCUAUGCCUGUCAGCCACUAAAUUAAACCAUGCCAAGAGUCAGGCCCGGGGGGGGGGGGGGGUACUGCCAUAUAUGGGCUAUAUGGGUAUGUGCCGCUGUGAAGGGUAUGGUUUUCAAAAAGUUUACUCUAGGAUAGGGUAUAUAAAUCAGAGCGUUUGGGUCUAGAAUAGGGUAUCACUUUUCAGGAAACUGAUCAGUUGGUUGAAGAUUUUAUCUAGACUGGGGAAACAGCUACUCUAGGAUAGGGGGAUUUUGGGAGUUUACUCUAAUAUAGAGUAGCAAAAUUCAGCUGAACUAGCUCUGGUAUAGGUCAAGGGUUCCAGGGUCCCAGCGCCACAUCCCCACCCAGAAAUUCCUAAAGUGCCCCCCCCCCCGGGGAGUCAGGCUCCUCACAAAAAGAAAAGGUGACUGACAAGCAUCAUGGGAAUGGUCAUGCAGCUAUGAUACUGAAUUUCUUAAUUUGGCUAUAUUUAAAGAACUCUCUAAAUUCAUCCAGCUCAUAAACCAGGCCCUGCACAGGGGAAGAGGCUGGGGCAGCCCCUUUAAAAAUAAUAAAAUUAAUUAAGUAAUUACAUUUUUAUUUGAAAAGUAUCUUUAUAUAUCGGUCUGGAUUUGCUAAAGCGUGGCUAAAGAAAUUUCAAAUUCAUUUUAACAAUUUGACGUGUAAGUCGAAUGGAAAGCAGUUAAAAGUCACUUGCUAAGGCUUAAUAGUAACUAAUUCACAUCCGCAUAAAAGCCACCUUAUGCCUUUUGAUGGAUAAGUUAUGGGUGAAAAAUUUUGCAUAAGGCAUAGGGUGGGCUGAUAGAGAAAAUUUGCCAGCGCCGCUGAAGGGGAGGAGGGUGGGGAAACUUACUUGCCCGUUGUACAGUAGACUUGCGAGAAGACGGCGAAUUUGUUUGCUAGGGCGUAUAAAAGGCCUAGGGAAUUUCCCUGGGGACCGUAAAGGACCAACAGACUGCUUCCCGAGGGAGCACGCAGUAAUCUAGUUGAUUAAAUCGUCACGCGGCUGCUUUUAUACGAAUGAGAAUAGUGAUAACUAUAUCGCUGGUAACAGAUGGUAAAUUUCUCUCGCAGAAGUAACAGGAUUUUGCGAUGAAAUAAACAACAUUGGAAACGUCCAGAAAUUAUAACCUUUGUAAUAGUCAGUCAAACCAUGAGGCCCACAGCGAAGUGUCUGCUAAAAACAGAUUAAGAAUCCACAAUCUUUGAGCACAGUAUAGCCUUUCUAAGACAAAAUCACCUAAACUUAACACUCACGAAGCGUUUUAAUGCUUUGCACAAAGUAUUCUGGUAACACGAGCUCAACCACGUACCUGAGUUUUGUCUGUCAACGCCUUCGGAAAAUCACACGAUAAAUGACUUUCGCUGCAAUCACAACGCUUCCGAAAACCACUCAUAAUAUUUCCACAUUUAACACGGGCGAAACAUCUACUCCGAAAAACUCUCGCUUUCUCUACAUAAAUCGUCGCAUAGAAACUUUUCUCGACUCACACAGUCGAUUUAUUCAAGAUCCGGGAUGUAAACCAGCGGCUGAAAAGGAGUCAUAGAGCCCCCGCCUUGCAAACAAUUUUUAACUAAGUCUUUGGCCUGGUCAGAAAUCAGCAUCAAGUCGAAUAGAUUUAACCCCUAGAACCUACUUUGUGAGGCCAAAGACUUGUCACUGCUAACAACAAGCCUCGGAAUAUCCAAUCUUUCCGCUUCAAGCCCGGGCUUAAUGAAGCCUUCCAGAAAACGUUGCUCAAGGCAGCCAAAAAAAACUCUAAUACAACCCACUACGAGAGCUGAGUUCAGUCUAAUACGCGCGCUAAUUUCAAACUGACAUACAGAGAGAAUUAUGGGAAGUUAUGAAAACCUUUUUUUUUUUCAGUGAGAAACUCAUGACCUGUAUCUACUACAGCGUAUUCAGUAAAGAUUAGGUAAAAUAUAACUAAAUAAAUGAUAACAAUGAAAAAAAAACAUGCUCAACCACAAGACUCGGUAAAGGUAUAUAUAUGAGAGAAGUUCAUAGCCUAGCCUGAAUUUCAUCCGAUUGCUUCAAGUCGUUUUCUCCUCUCAGCAACGUCUGAAUCGACCAGCCGUUAUAACCGUCCAGUGACGUCGCUACUACCCGAAAACCGGGUAGUGAUUUUGAUUGGUUAAUUGUCUAAACAUUCACAUAAUUGCCCCCGCAGGGAUUUCGCCCAGAAGGCGAAAUCCCGAGGAGGUACUCUAUGAUCUCGCGCGUAUAUUAAGGAAAGUACUUACAGUUCAAAUAUACAGUCAUACAGUCAAUAUAGAAAAAAUCUCGAUUUGCUUGAACAGGGGCCGCGAGGAAUCGGUAGGUAAUGAUGACGUUUCUAUUGUUUGCGCCCGCAAGUACGAAAUGGUUAGGCAUGACGUAAAACACACAUAGGUAGAUUUUGUGACAUUAAUUGUGCAGUCAUACUUCGAUACUCUUUUGCGUUACGUGUUAUCAGUGACAUUCUGUGGAGCAGUUGUUAUGAAAGUUAUAGACCAAAAGACACUCGUUAAGCGCAGAUGAAGUUAUAAGGUGCGUAGAACAGUGUAUAUUUUAACACUAAGUGAGUUUGCCAGACACGAGUUCACAAAUCUUUGAUUGGAAACCUUCAGCUGAACCUUGGGAGACACUCUUUCUCUCUCUUUGACCGGAAUAAGACUCGGCUCAAAACAAGCAAGACGAGCGAAUGAUUCAACGGCUAGCUUAUCACUAGCAGAACGAUGGAAGAUUACAGAAAUUCCCCGACCAUCAAAUUCUGUUCUGACUUAUUCCCUGCUCACAGGUGUCCUUCCACUAUAAAGUUUAAAAUAAGACUAGAAUGCGCGAGCGUGAAUUGAUCAAACGUCCUUUUAAUUUCUAAGGCUUACUUUCCGGCAAAUAAAAUGAACCAAAUGUAAAAAGUGAAAUAGAAAUAGCGAAAAAUUAAACUUCUAAUUAAAUCUUUUCUUAUGGUUUAGAAUAAACUAUUCUCGAAACUGAGAAUGUUUUGAUCAAAGCUGUGUAAAUCGAACCGAAGCUGUGCAUGGAACCUUGCGUUUAUUUCCUGUAUUUAUCUCACCUAUUGUAUGGAAUAUGUGUGAACAUCUUCAUUAUGAAUCGGUAUAUUUCAAAGAGCUACACAAGGAGCAAGAGUACUAUAUACAGGGCGGGGGCAGCUGUAGUGUCAACUAUUACUAGUUAUGUAUAAUUUAUGAGAAAUUUUAGCGGGAUUGUCACUUGAUGUUGAGCGGAUUGCAUCACUGACAUGAUUGCGUGGAGUUCAAACAUUUCGAAAAUCUUUAUUGUAAACAGCAAAAUUGCCCUUGUCGUCGAAACUGAAAUGCUGAAUUGAACUGCGAAUGAAGAAUCAUUGCGGCGAGUCGGUAGGUUUUUCAUUUAGAGCCGCUUAGUGGUUUCGGCAGUGAUUUUGUUUAUGCGAAGUUUUCUGAGAUCAGUGUUAUAAUUAGACCUUCUUGCUAUUUUCACCGUCAUGUAUACUGAUUCCCUUGUUUUUUCCUUCGUUGAGGACCAGAUAGCUUCUUUUCAAUUGAAGCAAUCCGUUGUGUUUUUGAACUAAGUGUUCCGUGUGUGCAUUUAUUUCAUUGCGUGAUUGCGACCGAGUUUGAUUAUGGAAUUACAACCGGUUCAGAGCUGUACUGAUGCAGUUGAUAGUUUAAACGUUAAAUAUGAAUUACGAUCCACAAAAGUAAAGCAAUUCUGUAUCAUGCAGACAUUUCCAAGCGAUAUUUCUCGGUUUGCCACUUGAAAAUCGUGUUUUAGUUUGCAUGAAUUAAAGCAAAGGAGUAGUGACGUCACUGGACGUACGCAGUGCGUAGUUACUAAAACAAGGAAUGACCUACAAUGAUCUACAAUGACCUACAAUGACCUACAAUGAUCUACAAUGACUCACAAUGACCUACAAUGAUCCACAAUGACCUACAAUGACCUACAAUGAUCUUCAAUGACCUACAAUCACCUACAAUGAUCUACAAUGACCUACAAUGAUCUACAAUGGGCUACUAUGAGCUGCUACGAGCUAAAAUGAGGUAAAAUAAGCCCUACAAUGAGCUACAAAAUGACAGACAAUGAUGUUUGUCGUGUGUCACGCUUGGACGUGACACUAGGCUCAUGGUAUUAAAUUGCCAAGCACAUUUUGAAAAGGCAAAACAAAAAUAAAGCCUGAUCUCAGGUAACUUGAGAAACUUGAAAAUAAAUUAUUGCAAUCGCGUUUUUACCGGUAUCACUAUUAUACCCUGUAUUGACGGAAGUCAUCCAGGCACUCCCUUAGUUGGCCUAGAUGGGUAUGGGCUGCUGAGCAGGAUAUGGAUUUUACUAUUUAGCGUUACAAACAGAGCAUCUUGUUGGACCGGAAGCCACUUACCGUAAACGAUCUAAUAAACGCCCACUCUCAAAUAAACGCCUCUUAUCUAAUAAACGCCCCCCUUACGCUGUUAAGUUAGUAUUAAACGCCCCCUGUCUAAUAAACGCCCUCCUUGAAAAUUGCCCCCAAAUACUAGGAAAUAGAGCGAAAUCAAUCAAUUUAUUAAUUUCAUUGCUUGAUUAACUUCAGUUUGUGUAUAUGUCAUGUUCAAUUUCUAGAUAAGCCGUCAGGCCCGCAGUCGAGUUCUGUUAACACAAAAACGUUUUUAGCUGAAAGCAUACUGUAUACAGUUAUGUUGAGUUCGUUAAAAUAAGUUACGAGAAUAAACGCCUCUCUCUUUUAAACGCCUCCCAUCUAUUAAACGCCCCCACUUGGACCCCUAAAAUUAAAUUAACGCCCCGGGCGUUUAUUAGAUCAUUUACGGUAAAGGGUCUUAUGAUGUCUUAUACAGGCUAGGGUACUUAAAUAAACAAUUUUUCUGUUAAACAGGGGGUCAGAAUUUGAAGGCCUCGUUUGUUCAUCUAUACCCAAACGUCCCUUGAAGAUCCCCCCGGAUCGACUGUUGGGGUGACUGUGUUUGUUUAAUUUGUUUGAAAAAAAGACAACGCAAAACACAACUAACGGGAAAGGUUGCAAGGGAUGGUUUUCAUUAUCAUCAUACAUGUAUUAUUACACUGUAAAUUUAUCUCCAAGCGUAAUAAUUAGCGAUGCUGUUAUCAUUUGGGCUGUCAUGCAGUAGACUAAACGCGAUACGUUUAUGCACACAUGUCCCCUGAUCUUUUUUUUUUUUUUUGUCUUUUUCUAAAAUCUUCAUUUUAGCUCAUUACAGAGAUCUUAAGCGUAUUUUCAGGUCCCCUCGUUCGGUCAUUGUAGGUCAUUGUGGGUCAUUGUAGGUCAUUCCUUGUUUUAGUAACUACUCGAAGUAAUCGGAUGAAAUUCAGGCUAUUCAUAGCCAUGUUUUAGCAAAUCCAGUCAGAUAUAUAUUUGCUGGAAUAAGAAUAUUCUGCUGGCGGACAUCUCAAAUUAGCAUCUAAAUUAUGUAGUAUAUUCAACGAUGCGGAGUAAGUCUUUUCUGACGAAGGGUUUUGGUUAAGUCUGAAGUCAACUGAGUCUACUCCAUGAAAUUACGGUUCCUUAAAACGAAUUAUCAUAUCGGCUGAUGAUGUGGUCUCUUAUGCAUUAAAAGCCCCACUGGAAAUUUAAAGUUGAGAUCAAUGGUUGUUAUAUUACAUGUGUGUGUGACAUCCUUGACAAAAUGAAGGAGUUAGAGGAUCCUCAGAAGAUCAUCAUCUGCAGGCUUCUAAUGGUGAAUCGUGCAUGUGCAAUUAGGAGCAGCAGCAGAAAGGUCCUUUUCAAAGGCUUGAAAGUUCUAAACAUGCAUGGCUCCGCUCAACAAUGACUCAAGAAAGGUUCAGUAAUCUGACAGUUUUAAACAGCCACAACAAUAAAUAAAUAAAUAAAUAAAUAAUGAUUUGGAGGUAGCACAUCCACAAAGUGGUUCUUCGUCUACCUGAUUCCUGGUCGAAUUGGAAUUUGGAAAUGUUGGUUUUUGAGGAGAGGGGAAAACCGGAUAGACUACGAGUAGUCUCCAUUUUUUUUCCACUUCAAAAGAUGUGGUCACUGGCCCCCACACACCUGCUCCGUGCGUCCUGUAAACUCGUUUAUUCGACCAAAGAGCUUACAAACAGGAAGACUUUAAUUUUUAUUUAAAUAACAUGCCAUUUAAAAGCAAGAAAGAAAAGGAAUAUAUUAAUAAGCUUAAUUUCUAAUGUAAUUUUUCAGGCACUAGUGGCUACAAACGCUGCAAAGAAUCAUUUCUAUUCAGCCUUGUGAACCCAUAUGGUGCUGUGCCAACCAAGAUGCCACUCAAGGGUUCUAAAAACCAGAAUGGAAUCUACUGCAACAGUGGAUAUGGGCCAACAUUUGGAGGAGGCCAUGACCUGUUCCUUGGCAGUGGAGCAAAUGAAGAUGAAAAUAGCUCCAGCAGUUUGGGCCAUACUUAUCAAUCAGUGAAUGCAAAUUCAACAUUCCUAGCUGGCCAGACCGCUUUUUUUGUUAGUGAACUUGAAGUGUUUGUACUUCAAGCCAACCAGCAAUGAUACUUUCUUCUAUUGUUUUAAAAAUAUGCAAGUUUAAUGCUUCAUAUAUUACGUUAGAAAUGUUAUAUUUUGAUAACAUCUAGUAAUGUACUUGGAACUGAAAUAAAGAGAACAUAAGAGAUAAAAAUUCCCGACUAAGGAUACUGUUAAAGCUUUUUUCAUGCGGUAUCAUGCUCACGGCUCUGCGUAGCAAUCAGUGUUCCGAUGAUGAAGGUCUGGUUUACAGUAAAACGAGAGUUAAGUUUGCUACACCUUGAACCUCACGUUUAUUUGCCGAGAAAAAAACUUCACUUGAAAAAAAACAACAACAGC